AUGGAAAGAGGAAUAUCCAAGAGCCUUGACUUCGAAAACUGUACAUUAUCUCUGUAUAAAACAGCACACACACAGCGAUUUGGGAUGUUGGCCACUGCUACGAGAAACUUUGUGGAGGAAGUGGACCGCGGUGGAGCGCUGAUCCCGGUGUCCAGUCUGAAUGACACUAUUUCACUUCUGACUGUGGUCAUAAAGAAGAAAAGGUUUUGGUUUUGGCAACAGCCCAAAUAUCUCCCCACGGAUUUCACACUCAAUGAUUUGUUAGCAGGGGACACACCCAUACAACCAGUGACUACAGAGUUAGAGUUUAUCAAGUACAAAGGCACAUUCGGAGACAAUAUCCAAGGAAAUGUGGACGCGAGCUUUUCCCAAAACGCCAGUGUGAGCUUGGAGGGGAAAGACACGUCCAAACUGCAGUCGUCGUUCGGGAGCCUGAAGAAAGAAGAGCUGGCUGUGCAGAAUCUCAUCAGAGACUCAAAGGAGAGGCUCUUGGACAUGUCACACAGCCUGGUGGAGCAGACCAUGAUGAACCACAAGCAGGUGUUUGGGAUCGUGAAGGAGCGCAUUGUGACCACCCAGCCCUGUUCUGUAAUCGAAGAGGUGCAAAAAGAAGGACAGUUUGGAGGCCUUCUGACGAUAUGUGGACCCAAAGUCACUAAGAUUUCUCUGAAGGAGAACGCCAGCCUGGGGAAAGACAGCAACGUUACCAUGGAGAUCCCUCCUCAAACCACGCUCGCCUACGCCCUCAUCGAGCUGGAAGUGAAGCACGAUGGCCACUUCACUCUGUGCCUGAUGUCUGGCAUCAAUGGAGGAUUUGAGGAGGUGGACCGCGGGCAUCUGAAUGAUUUAGGAGCCCCACCGCUGCAAACGAAACUCAGCAACUUGAAACAAAAUCUUGCAGAGUUGAAGGAACAUUUCGACGUGCUCGCCGCUCUCCCAGCUCUAACCAAAUCCUCCCUCUUCCAGAAACUCACAACUGUCAUCAGCGAUCGCGCCGCCGUGUCUUCACUUCAAAACGCCCUAAACCAUCUGCGUCACGCUGAUGCUACAGCUUCAGCGGAGGAGCAGGAGCAGACGGACAUUUUGAACUUGGUGUCUCAGUGCGGCCAAUCCAGAGACGCAGUCAUCCAAGCUCUGCACCUGCUUCUGAGCGCGAUCGACGAGAUGCCGAGUGAGGCUCAGGCUUUACUGGGAACAUGCUGCAGCCCUGGUAUACUAGCAGAAUUAAACCUAGUGGUGACGUGUCUCUUGGAGGGUGGAGAGCUCCCCCUCAGCUCCAUGAGGCAAACUACAGCAUCAGAGGAAGUUUUUGGCGUAGUGCAGCUUCUCUUCAGCUCUUCAAGGGUGACGUUGACAAAAGCCGGAGAUUGUAUGAGAGCAGAGGUGCAGAAGGAGGCUCGACAGCGCCCCCUGGUCCUGUGCAUUGCAGUGAGAGCCCUGGCCUCAUUGUCCCAGUGA